AUGAAAGACAAAAAAGGCGCCUCCCUAUGGAGUCUGUAUGGAUUCCAAUUGGCAUGUCAGGGGAAAGACUCGACGGUUGCCGUCACAGGCUGCGGGAGCGAAGCCAGGUUGUUAAGUCAAGCUUCCACUCCUAACAUCGAGAGCGAACGAACAAAGCAAGCUAUUGAAGCUGAGAAUGCAAGCCCGCAUCUGCUCUGCGCCUGCGUCUGGUCAGCCCAACAUCUGUACGGAAUACUUGGUGUAAUAAGCGAUGCCCCCAUCUGGACGGCACAUUGGCCGAUUUUGCUAUUGAGGCUGCAGCUUCUCUCGCAAGCACGACAGCUUAAGUUUGUACCUUGGAAGAAAAGGAAGAGAAUCAAGCUUUCCUCGAGUGAUCCCUCGCAGCUUGGCCAACCCCCCCAGUGCCCCCGUCUGGAUCCUCUGUGCCCCUCAGCUCUCAUUUCCCACCUUCUGCCCGUCCACAAUUGCCAACGGGAGCACGUGGGCAAAGUUAACCCUGUGCGAGUCUUGACUCUCGACUUUCUGAAGAGAUGGCAGCGAUCAAAGCCCACCAGGAGCCUUGCCUUUCUUGGCGAUUCCAAGACCACACAAAUCAUCCCCCUUGCUCUGCCGCAGCUGAAGGAGAUACCCGUCACCUAUCGAGACCACAGAGAUGAAGAAGACGGAACCCAGUCGACAAUCGUCUUCCAAGCCACAAUAAUGGACACUGACUAUUCGGCUUAUUUUUCCUCCAUGAUCCCCAGCGAAUCAGUCAUCGUCUUCGAUCGUAUGCCGAUGGCCCCUGUCGAUUUGGCGUGUCUAGGAUGCUUAGUCAAGCCUCCGUCCAGCCAGCCAGUUCUCACGAUGCUUGGCGCUUCCGUGGCUGCAGUCCUCGUACAGACGAAAUUGCACCCAGCUGCGCCCUAA